AAGCAGGGGGCAGAGGUGUUGGUGACACACUUGACGCAGGGAACACGCUGUUCUUUGUGAGUCACAACUGCCACCUCCUUUCUCCAGGAACUCUGUGCUCAAGGAAGAAAGAAAGAAAUGAAAGAAGCAGAAAAGCAAAAAGGAAGCACCUCUGUUUUAUGAAAGGUCUGCAGGGAAGGGUGAAAAGGGAAGCAGUUGCAAAGCGCGUGGGGAAAUGCUGAGCUUGGCUCAGUUGAAUCAUUUGUGCAGAACACUUGUAUCCAGAGGAGCUGCCGGGGCUGGAGCCAGGGGGGCUGGAGCCGGAGAACAUCCAAAAACCAGCUACUGCUGGGGAUCAGUCCCGAGAGUCACAGCUCAGCAGUGGCAGCAGAGCACAUUGGUACCCAUUUCUCUCCAGGGAGCAGGAUGCUGUUUGCAUGGGCUGUGCCUGCAGCACUUUGGUUGUUGGUGCACUUCACAGCAGAAGCCUGCAGCCCAGCCCACGUGCCAGCUGGCCACCCUCCCCACCACGCCGAGACCUGUGCCAGAGGGACCAUGACAGCUGACACCACUGCCCACGUCCAGCCCGGGACCAAUGUCACCCUCUCCUGCCAGAUGUCCCACCCCCAGCACGGCAGGAUAGCUAUUUUCUUUAACGACUCUGAGCUAAUUAGCAAUAACAGCCACUCAGUCAGCACCAGGUUCCCAGUCCGUGCCUACGGCAGGUUCACCUUCACCUGCAAAAUAGUUUGGGAACACAAGAAAAAACUCAUUUGUGGCAUCAUUAUAAACUCUGGAAACCCUCCAGAUGAGCCCAGAAACGUGUCGUGUGUCCAGGAGGGAACCGAUGGCCACCCCACCUGCAGCUGGGAGAAGGGCAGGUUCACCUACAUCCCCACCUCCUACGUGCUUCGGCUCUCAAACGGGACAGAUGUCAUCUGUGUGUCAGAAGAAAGCUUGAAUGAGAAGUUUGGCUCGUUGACUCUGAGCAAGCUGGAUUUUGACUCCAAUUACACCGUUGUGGUCAUCGCCUCCAACGAGCUUGGAAGUGCUUUGUCACAGCAGCUCAGGUUCAUGCUGGUGGACAUCGUGAAGCCACGUCCCCCCGACUUCCUGGUGGAAUGUGGAAACUCUUCCAGCACCACGUCCUGCACCUUCUCCUGGCACGCUGAGGCCCCAGCACAGCUCUGCAGGCUGAGAUACCGUCCUCUCACCAGGGACACCUGGAGCAGGGUUGAAAACCUGACCAGUGAGACGUGCAACCUUCAUGGCCUGGAGCCUCACACAACCUACAAGUUCCAGGUCAGCUGUAAAAUCCACCCCGAGCGAGGACUGUGGAGUGACUGGCAGACCUACCAAACCCAGACUCCUGAAGCAGAGCCCACCGGGCGCCUGGACGUCUGGUACCACCAGCAGGAUCUGGACUCCCAGAGGCAGAACAUCUCUCUCUUUUGGAAGGCUCUGAGGAAGUCUGAGGCGAGAGGACAAAUCCUGGGCUACACGGUGACCUUUGAAGCCCUGUCCCAGCAGAGCCCCCCAGCAGAAACCCACCUUGCCACCCAGACCAGCUACACCAGGGUCAUGCCCAGGGUGGACUACAAGAUAACAGUCACUGCUGAGAACUCGAGGGGCAGGUCACCCCCCACGUCCAUCACCACCAACCUGGGCACCCAGGAGCUGCCCCCUCCUCAGAAGGUCUCCGUGGUGGCCGUGGGAAGCAGCAGCAUCCUGGUCAGCUGGGGACCACCUGCCCACCCGCCGGCGCCCAUCGGUGGGUACGUGGUGGAGUGGGCCCACGGGGCAGAGGACCUGUGCCCACCAGCCUGGGUGAAGGUGCCAGCACCCAACCUGUCCACCCUGAUAGCAGAGCACCUAAAGGACAACCUGUGCUACCAGGUCCGGGUGUUUGCGCUCUAUUGGGACAGGGCUGGACAAGCCGUGUCAGCCAGAGGGAACUCCAGAGCAAAAGCCCCAUCAGCUGGGCCCCAGAUGCACAUCACACCUCAGGCCAACGGCAUCCUGGUGUCCUGGGAAGAGAUCCCUGCCCACCAGCAGAGGGGCUGCAUCGUGGGCUACCACAUCUACCUGCAGAAAAGGGGCCAGGAGGAAGCCCCGACCACCUACGCCGUUCCUGGUGCUCCAGCCCAGCACUCCCUGUACAUCACCCACCUGCAGCCCGGGCAGCUCUACACCCUCUGGAUGACAGCUUCAACAACUGCUGGAGAGGGGCCUUCAGGCAACAGCGAGACCAUCUGCCUGGAAAGUGCUGCUGUGGACUGGGUGGCUGUUGUGCUCACCUGCAGCUUCCUCAUCCUCUCAGCCUGCCUUUGUUCCGUGCCUCCGGUGAGAAAAGCCCUGCGCCCGCUCCUCUCCGCGCUGGUGCCGCGCUGGCCGAGCCAGCCCAUCCCGGACCCUGCCAACGCCGCCUGGGUGAAGAGCUGCCUGUCUGUCAAGGCUGAGCUGAGCUGGCCCUCCAACCCCUUCCUGCACAGCAGCAGCACCUUUGAAGAGCCCCAGCCAACCCCAGUAGAGGAAGCCUUCGUGAAGACCGACCUGCUGGUCCUCAAGGACCAGCUCCUCCUGGGCAGCAGCGGCAGGAGGGACUGGCUGGGGCCGGAGGAGCUGGUGUACCCGGCUCUCCCAGGCCCAGCCCUGGGGCAGGGGGACGAGCAGCAGCUGCCCCAGCUCUACCAGAGGCUGGGGGUGGAGGUGGCAGGGCAGACACAGGGUGUCUCUGAGUACAUCACCAGCCCGGUCACCGACACAGCCACCACGGGCCUGCCCCUGCUGGCUGCCGAGGACCAUCCCGAGCUCCAGGACAACCCACUGCCCGCCUUCCCAACGACUCUUCUGACACUCCUCUUCCCCUACGAAGGGAAUCUGACCUUGGAUGCAGUGAAAAUGAACUCCAGCUCCUUCCCCAGGUAGGCGGGCAGGCCGAGGGCAGCCUGGCCUGGCUUUUUGCACUUUACUGAAGUAUUUCAGCAUGUUUCAGUCCAGUGACUCACACGUGACAUCUUUAAGUGACGAGAAAAUCAUGCCCCAACCUCCCCAGCACUUCCAGCCACACCUCACGGUACCACACAGCAGCUCCUCACCCACCAGCACACUCGGGUAGCAUCAAUGACAGAAGAUCAGGAACGCCAGGGCUGCACAGCCUGGUUUCUGGAGAGAGGUUAAUUAAUGAUCCAGAUGCCUUCAGCCAGCCUGGGCUGCCCCAGGUCCCUGUCCCACGGCCCGAUGAGGAAGGGCCCAGCCUGGCAUGAUCCACCCCAGGAGCCAGAGCUCUGCUAACAAUCAUUUUAACCACUGAUCACUGAGGAGGAGCAAGGAGCUGUGCCAAGGUCCCACCUCAGCAUCCCAGUCCUGGCCAGACCACAGCUGCAGCCCCAGCUCUGCUGGGACAUCCACAUCCACUGGUGCUAAACUGGUGAUCAUGGUGUGCCAGCCUACAUGGCUAUUGAGGGACAGGGCCCAGCACAGGGGAGAAGUCCUCACCAGAAAGAAAAGCACCAGGCAGCACAUGUGCACAGGGAGUCAAAUGGACCUGGGAGAAGAAUUCAAGUAAUUUAUUGCAGUAUUCUAAUGACAGGGCUGAAGUGUGUGUUGCACACUUAAUGACUUCAUUUACUCUCUGUGUACAGAUAU